CCACAGCGCCCCUAGUGUCGGUUUGUGUGCCGGCAGGCCCUACAGGUGCUGGGAUGUAAUGAGCGGUGAUUAGCGGGUGACCGGGCCCAGCUGGGGCUGAUGAGGCCCGGCCAGGAUAAAGCUGAGGCCGCGCCGGCCCCGCACGUCAGAUACAAACUAAUGGCGGCCUUCAUGUGCGCCCCCUAUAACGCCUACCACAGCUAUGGCGGGAGUUUCGGGCCGGCUCCUCCCGGGACCGUCCCGCAGCCCCCGGCCAGGAACAAGCAGGCGGCCUGGAAGACGGGCAAGGGCUCCGAGGCCGCCGACUACCUGGACAACGUCCAGCGGGCGCAGCUGAAAGCCAUCCUGUCCCAGGUGAACCCCAACCUGACCCCGCGGCUCCGCAAGGCCAACACCAAGGAGGUCGGGGUGCAGGUGAACCCGCGGGUGGACGCCGGGGUGCAGUGCUCCCUGGGGCCCCGCACGUUACGCAGGCCUCCCGUCAGCGCCGCCAAGUCCGAGCCCGUGCGGUUCACUCGGCCGGUGGCCGUGUACUCCCCGGUGGUGGACGGCAGGGUGUUCUCUCUACCGCAGGGAGGUCGGGCUAUCAGGAAGGGUCCGGCCGUCCCCGACUACAAGGAGGCGGAGGAGCAUCUGCAGGAGAGCGCGGAGAAGAGGCCAGAGGCCGAGCCUGAGAAGGAGCCUGACCAGAACACGGCCGCCUUCCAGUUCCUGGAACAAAAGUACGGCUACUUCCACUGCAAAGACUGCAAAACCCGAUGGGAGAGCGCCUACGUGUGGUGCAUUUCUGGAAGCAACAAGGUCUAUUUUAAACAACUUUGUCGCAAGUGCCAAAAAGGAUUCAAUCCGUACAGAGUGGAAGCAAUUCAGUGCCAGAGCUGCUCCAAGACUCGCUGCUCCUGUCCACAGAAGAAAAGACAUAUAGACCUGAAGAGGCCCCACCGCCAGGAACUGUGUGGUCGCUGCAAAAACAAAAAGCUCUCGUGUGACAGCACUUACAGCUUCAAGUAUAUCGUCUAGAGGAGCGCGGCUUCAUCUGUACGACACGCACUUUGCUCGAUGCAUGUAGCACUUUGUUGAAUUGGCGCUGAAUCCUGGCUUUUGACCCGGCACUGGAAAAUGUACUAAAGUUAUUUUUUGUCUGUCUUGUAGCG